AUGUUUAGGACUCUUGGCCAGACCAUGGAAUCUCCUAAUUACACUAACCUGGAUCCUUCUAUCUUCUUUCUCCUGGGCAUCCCAGGUCUGGAACAAUUCCACCUGUGGCUCUCACUUCCUGUGUUCUGCCUGGGUACAGCCACCAUUGUGGGCAACAUAACCAUCCUUGUUGUUGUUGUCACCGAGCCAGCCCUGCACAAGCCUGUGUACUUUUUCCUGUGUAUGCUCUCAACCAUCGACUUAGCUGCCUCCCUCUCCACAGCCCCCAAGCUACUGGCCAUCCUCUGGUGUGGAGCUGGUCAUAUCUCUGCCUCUGCCUGCCUGGCACAGAUGUUCUUCAUUCAUGCUUUUUGCAUGAUGGAGUCCACCGUGCUGCUAGCCAUGGCCUUUGAUCGCUAUGUGGCCAUCUGCCACCCACUCCGCUAUGUUACUAUCCUCACUGAAACCAUCAUUGUCCGCAUCGGGGUGGUAGCUAUGGUGCGAGGCUCCCUGCUCAUGCUCCCAUGUCCCUUCCUCAUUGGACGUUUGAGCUUCUGCCAAAGCCAUGUUAUUCCACACACAUAUUGUGAGCACAUGGCUGUGGUGAAGCUGGCCUGUGGAGACACGAGGCUGAACCGUGUAUAUGGACUGACAAUCGCACUGUUGGUCAUUGGGGUUGACUUGUUCUGCAUUGGUCUUUCCUAUGCCCUCAUUGCCCAAGCUGUCCUUCGCCUCUCAUCCCAGGAAGCUCGAUCCAAGGCCUUAGGAACCUGUGGUUCCCAUGUCUGUGUCAUCCUCAUUUCUUAUACACCAGCCCUCUUCUCUUUUUUCACACACCGCUUUGGCCACCACAUACCACAUCACAUUCAUAUUCUUCUGGCCAAUGUUUAUCUGCUCUUUCCACCUGCUCUUAACCCUGUGGUAUAUGGAGUUAAAACAAAGGAGAUUCGUGAAAGGGUUACCAGGGCAUUUCAAAGGGCACAGGGAUCUGGGUCAAGGCAUCUUAAUUGA